UCUGGUCGUUUCGUUCUAAUUCUUAAGAUCGCGUUCACAUUGUUUCUAUACACGUAUGAAUAUAUACAUACAUAAUUAUGUGAAUUCGUAUAAUCUUUCUAUUCGUAUUUUUAAUUUCAACCUUUUGUUUUUAUAAAACAAACUUUUCUUUACAAAAUUUCUUCUUAUACCUGUGUGUGUACGUGUUUAUAUCCAGUUGUACCUAAAUAUGUAUACUAAUUGAUUAAUUUUUAAUGAAAGUGAAAAAAUUCCUUUGGAUUACAUAAUAUCGUUAUAGAGUGGCAUCAACGAUAGUGUGAUACAUUUAAACAGUUAUAUUAAUUGCAAUAGUUAAAUCAUUAAGAGGUUGAAAGUUGGUUCAAAUAUUUCUUCUAGCAUUUUAGUACAGCAUGUUGCUGGAACUGAACUUUAAACAAAAAAAUGCUACAUUCCUCGGUGUAGUUAUGUAUGGGUUAAUUAGCUUAUUGGUUCUUUAUAACAACCCAAUAUUAUUAGCUUUGCAUUUAGUAUUUUUAUGUUAUUUGUUAACUGGUGAUCGUAUUAAAUAUGUUUAUGCUAAUGUUGUAACAUUACCAAGAAAUGCAUGUGCGGCUGCCUUAUUCAUUACUUUUAAUAUUAAAUUAGCCAUAUGGGAGUACAAAAAAUUAAAUGUUGCAAAAUUAUAUAAAAGAACAGCUAUAAGAUAUCCAACAAAAACAGCAUUCGUUAUGGAUGAUGUACGUGUAACAUUUCAGGAUGGGGAAGAUUUAAGUAACAAAUUGGGAUCAUAUUUCAAAAUGAAAAACUUCAAGAGAGGAGAUACAGUUGCUCUAUUAUGUGAAACUCGUCCAGAAUAUCCAUUUUUAUGGUUAGGUUUGUCGAAAAUUGGUAUUGUAACAGCUUUAAUAAACCAUAAUUUACGUAAGGAAACCUUAUUACAUUCAAUAAAAGUCGUAAAUUCAAAAGCCAUUAUUGUUGGCGCUGAACUAAUAGACGCCUUAAACGAUAUUAAAAAUGACGAUGGAAUUAAAAAUAUUCCAGUAUUUCAAUUUACAGAUGAAAAGCAAAGGGAUGAUCCAAAGCUUCCAACAUAUAAUGGAUCAAUUGAUUUAUUAGAAGAAUUAAAGGAACAUAAAACUACAGAUUUAAAUGAAGAAAUUAAUAAAACACAACCACGAGACAAAUUAGUUUACAUAUAUACAUCUGGUACAACUGGUAUGCCCAAAGCAGCUGUGAUAACAAAUUUAAGAUACAUGUUCAUGACCACCGGCUUUACACAUAUGAUACGCGUAACUGCAAGAGAUAAUAUAUAUAAUCCAUUACCAUUAUACCACACCGCCGGUGGCGUUCUAGGUGUUGGAGCAGUUUUGUGUGUUGGUUCAUCUAUGACCGUUCGCCGAAAGUUUUCUGCUUCGAAUUACUGGACCGAUUGUAUUAAAUAUAAUUGCAAUAUUGCUCAAUAUAUUGGCGAAUUAUGCCGAUAUUUGUUAGCCGUGCCACCGAAGCCAACAGAUACAAAACAUAAUAUUGAAGUGAUUUUAGGCAAUGGUCUAAGGCCGCAAAUAUGGAAACAAUUCGUUGGUCGGUUUAAUAUUCCGCGCGUCGCGGAAUUUUAUGGUUCAACAGAAGGAAACUCCAAUUUAUUAAAUUUGGAUAACCAUGUCGGUGCCGUCGGGUUUUGCCCAAAUUUUGCCAAGCCAUUUUAUCCGCUUAGUUUGAUUAAAUGUGAUGAAGGCAGUGGCGAACCUAUUAGGAACAGUAAAGGAAGGUGUAUACAAUGCCGACCCGGUGAGGCAGGUGUCUUUAUUGGAAGAAUUAACCCUAGAGUUGCUGUUAGUGCAUUUAACGGAUAUGCAGAUGAGAAAGCUUCCGAAAAAAAAAUAAUUCGAGAUGUGUUCACUAAAGGUGAUAUGUAUUUCAAUUCAGGAGAUAUUCUUGUCCAAGAUAUUCUUGGGUACUUUUACUUUAAAGACCGUACUGGUGACACAUUUAGAUGGCGUGGUGAGAAUGUUGCAACAUCUGAAGUUGAAGCCGUUAUAAGUAAUGUAGCUGGAUUACAUGAUUGUGUUGUUUAUGGUGUUGAGAUCCCACAUGUCGAAGGUCGAGCCGGUAUGGCAGCAAUUGUUGACGCCGAUAAUCAAUUAAAUAUCGAAGAACUAUCAGCUGGUAUUAAAGGUAGUUUACCACCAUAUGCCAGGCCAAUAUUCAUUAGAAUAUUACCAGAGCUGUCUAUGACCGGAACAUUCAAAUUAAAAAAACGUGAUUUACAAACUGAAGGAUAUAAUUUACAUAAAAUCAAAGAUAAAUUAUUUUUUUUACAUAAUGAUGGUAUAUAUAAAGAAUUCACGCAAAAAGAUUUUGAUGAUGUUCAAAACGGUAGAGCUAGGUUAUAAAUACAUUCAUAUGUAUUUAUCAUCAAGUUGCUAAAGAAAUUAUCAUUAACAAUCAUUUAGCUAUAUAUCAAAGAUUUUUUUAUUUUGUUUUUUUUAUAUUUUUGAGAAAUGUUUUGUAUUUCGAUUUUUAAAAUGUAGAUGAUAAUAAACUUAUGUCUUUAUUAUUAUACAUAGUAAGAGAAGUAAAUAUA